GUGAUGACGACAUAUUCCUGCGACUUGUAGUUCCUGUAUCGUAGUGGAAUCGGAAUACUGUAGUUAGUCGGCUGAAAGGGGUUCAUGUUUUAAUAUUUUUUAAUAAUUAUAACCAGGGCCAUUUUAAACAUGUAGUUAAUGUUUCAGGUUUGUCGUUUGAGAGCUGUUCAGGUUUUGACUCGGCGAUAGUUGGACCUAAGUCACAACACGAAGGACGUGGAGCUGUGAAGGAGCUCCCAUGGCUGGCGGCAGGAUGAAGCUGGAGCUGAGCCGUGUGAUCCAGGGGAGAGGUCGGCUGGGUGUCCUGAGGGGACUCGGCAGGACGGGGCAGCACUCUCUAGAAGUCCCGGGCUGUCUGUUGUACACACACUUCGGCACUGUACCCCACCUGACCCAGGAGACACUGCACACUCUGAGCAGCCUCCCCUCCGUCACACAGGUCACCCUGUCCAACAUAGCAGAGCACCUGGAAGUGCUGGAGGAGUUUAAGGAGGGGCUCUGGAAGUUUGCAGGUCUACAUGACACUGUCCUGUACUGCUCGCUGCAUGACCCUGCGACCUCCUGCCCGACAGGUUACACCACAAACAAGACAGUGUCUGUGUGGGGCAGUGGCGGCCGCAUAGAGCUGACAGUGGACAAGUUCAUGGCUCUCCAGAAGACGGUGAAGCCGGACUGGUACCAGAGCAUGGCAGAUGGAGAGACAUGGCAGAACAACACCUCUCGAAAAAGGGUUCGAAAGUCAGUGGAUCGAACUCUGGCCCACCUGGACGAGUGUCUGCAGGUGCACCAGAAAUCACAGGAGUUAGAGGGGGUGGAGGUGUUCGGUGUGGUGGAGGGAGGAGACAUCCUGGAGGAGAGGCUGCGCUCAGCCAGGGAGACCGCCAAGAGGCCCGUGGCGGGAUUCUGCCUCGACGGUCUUCAAACGGCCGCAAUCGACCAGAACCUGAGGACCCAGCUCAUCACUGCUGUGACCAGAGAGCUGCCUGAGGACAAACCCAGGCUGCUGCAAGGCGUCGGACGACCUGAUGAGGUACUGGCGUGUGUCGAAGCCGGAGUGGACCUGUUUGAGGGUUUCUUCCCCUUCCAGGCGACAGAGCGAGGCUGUGCUCUCGUCUUCAGCUUUGAUGUCUCCCCGGACCCUGAGUGCGCAGGUAGAGCGCCCCCUACAGUGCUGGAGCUGGACAAAGAGAGGGACACCCUGGAGGGGAAGCAACAGAAUGGAGAUGUAACCCUUGAUGAUCAAACACAGAUGACAUCCUUUGAGAUCAAUCUCAAAGACAAGAGGUACCAUGACGACUUCAGACCCUUGGUGGAGGGGUGUGGCUGCUACUGCUGCAAGAACCACCAGAGGGCGUACCUGCAUCAUCUGCUGGUGACCAAUGAGCUGCUGGCCGGAGUCCUGCUCAUGAUCCACAACACGGCCCACUACCACGGCUUCUUCGGAGCCCUCAGAGACGCCCUGGCCACCGAUAAGCUGGGCCACCUCAAGAGGCGGGUACUCCGGGAGAGAGAGGGCUUAGACGGAUAACUCGGGAGAGAUAGGAGAGUGAUUGAUCUCGCUGUUCCUCCAAAGAUCACUACACUCACCCAGAGGCAAUCAGCUCUAUCUCCCUCCUCCUGGUUCACUUAGGAUAAACUUCGGCCCUGCAGAGACUUUGAGACUGAGUCACUCCGCACAUCUCUAAAGUCAUGCCUCUUAUGAACAGAGAGCCGGGCAGAUAAAGACAACACUAAGAUGUUUGUCUCUGUUUGUUUCCCUGCUUCACGUCAGGAAGGUUUGUGUAUUGAUCUCAGCUGAAAGCGAGAAAUGGGAGUAGGGUUAGGAGGCCGGAGAGAGAAAGGAGUUGGAUAAGAAGUCAGGAGGAAUCUGCAUGAAGAAAGAAAUGUGAUGGAUGGUUUUCUAUCGACUCUGACCCUCCUGUUGUGGUCUGAUUGCAGGUCAGCGGCUGACUAACAUCCCCUGGACUCAUUAGCAUAGCAGCAUCAACCUGCGGGAGAGCAAACCUGACCAUUCAUUAGAGGGGUUUGAAAAAUGAAAACAGAUCCUAACAUCAAAAUGUCAAGCAUACAUGGAUUUCCUCAAGCCUUGUUUUGUCACUUUAUACUUUUUUUAUCCUCCUUUGUGACAUGCUCUAUGAAUAUUUGAAUGUCUCUGUUGAACACCACAUGGAAGAAGCUUUUCACACACAUGCACACAGCAACUUUAGUGUGUGUGUGUGUGAUGAGAUUAUGUUUGCACCAAACACACGGAUGCUGUUGAUGUGGUCUCUCCUGGGCUUAGGGAGGUUACCUGAAGGUUUGCGCUGACAGCUCCACCAUUCCAGCUGCGGUGGAGGGAUAAAGAUCAAAUAAAGAUAUGUGUCUCUGCUGCCUCCCAUGCAGGCCUUCUGAAGGUGAGGAGAUAUAAUUGACUGUCGGGCUGUGCAGAUGUCUGAGGGGGAAUAGGGAUGGGCAGAGGUAGGAGAGUGUCAUCAGCAAUAAGGACUUUGGUGGGACUGAGCAGUAUAAAGAAGAAGGUAAAGAAGAGGAGGGUUUUCAGCAUCCAGUAGGCGGGUGCUUCAGACAUACAUGUGGAAAAUUGAUUCAAAAUGGGUCUGGGGGAUCCCUGUGGGAAAAUAAAGACUGAUUUUUUAUAACUUUUCUCAA